AUGGGACGGAGAUCUACAUCAUCCACCAAGAGUGGAAAAUUUAUGAAUCCCACAGACCAGGCCCGAAAGGAAGCCCGGAAGAGAGAAUUAAAGAAGAACAAAAAACAACGCAUGAUGGUACGAGCUGCAGUUUUGAAGAUGAAGGAUCCCAAACAGAUUAUCCGGGACAUGGAGAAAUUAGAUGAAAUGGAGUUUAAUCCAGUACAACAGCCACAGUUAAAUGAGAAGGUGCUGAAAGACAAGCGUAAAAAGCUACGUGAAACGUUUGAACGUAUUCUACGACUCUAUGAAAAAGAGAAUCCAGAUAUUUACAAAGAAUUGAGAAAGUUAGAAGUAGAAUAUGAACAGAAGAGGGCUCAACUUAGCCAAUAUUUUGAUGCUGUUAAGAAUGCCCAGCAUGUGGAAGUUGAGAGUAUUCCUUUGCCAGAUAUGCCCCAUGCUCCUUCCAACAUCUUGAUCCAAGACAUUCCACUUCCUGGUGCUCAGCCACCCUCCAUCCUUAAGAAGACCUCAGCCUAUGGACCUCCAACUCGGGCAGUUUCUAUACUUCCUCUUCUUGGACAUGGUGUUCCACGUUUACCCCCUGGCAGAAAACCACCUGGUCCUCCCCCUGGUCCACCUCCUCCUCAGGUCUUGCAGAUGUAUGGCCGUAAAGUGGGCUUUGCCCUAGAUCUUCCUCCUCGUAGGCGAGAUGAAGAUAUGCUAUAUAGUCCUGAACUUGCUCAGCGAGGUCAUGAUGACGAUGUUUCUAGCACCAGUGAAGAUGAUGGCUAUCCUGAGGAUAUGGAUCAAGAUAAGCAUGAUGACAGCACUGAUGACAGCGACACUGACAGAUCAGAUGGAGAAAGUGAGGGGGAUGAGUUUGUGCACCGUGAUGAUAAUGAGAGAGACAACAAUGAAGAAAAAAAGUCAGGUCUGAGUGUGCGAUUUGCAGAUAUGCCUGGAAAAUCAAGGAAGAAAAAGAAGAACAUGAAGGAGCUAACUCCUCUUCAAGCCAUGAUGCUACGAAUGGCAGGUCAGGAAAUCCCUGAGGAGGGACGGGAGGUAGAGGAAUUUUCAGAAGAUGAUGACGAAGAUGAUUCUGAUGAUUCUGAAGCAGAAAAGCAAUCACAAAAGCAACAUAAAGAGGAAUCUCUUUCUGAUGGCACAUCUACUGGUUCUUCACAGCCGCAGGCUCCGCCACAGUCUGUUCCUCCUUCUCAAAUACAAGCACCUCCUAUGCCAGGACCACCACCUCUUGGACCACCACCUGCUCCACCUUUAAGGCCACCUGGACCACCUACAGGCCUUCCUCCUGGACCACCACCAGGAGCACCUCCGUUCCUGAGACCACCCGGAAUGCCAGGCCUCCGAGGGCCUUUACCCCGACUUUUACCUCCAGGACCACCCCCUGGCCGACCCCCUGGCCCACCUCCAGGACCACCUCCUGGUCUGCCUCCUGGCCCUCCUCCUCGGGGCCCCCCACCAAGGCUACCUCCCCCUGCACCUCCAGGUAUCCCUCCACCUCGUCCUGGCAUGAUGCGCCCACCUUUGGUGCCUCCACUUGGACCUGCCCCACCUGGGCUUUUCCCACCAGCUCCCUUGCCAAACCCUGGGGUUUUAAGUGCCCCACCCAACUUGAUUCAGCGACCCAAGGCGGAUGAUACAAGCACAGCCACCAUUGAGAAGAAAGCCACGGCAACCAUCAGUGCCAAACCACAGAUCACUAAUCCCAAGGCAGAGAUUACUCGGUUUGUGCCCACUGCACUGAGAGUACGUCGGGAGAACAAAGGGGCAACUACUACUCCCCAAAGAAAGUCAGAGGAUGAUUCUGCUGUGCCUCUUGCCAAAGCAGCUCCUAAAUCUGGUCCUUCUGUUCCAGUUUCAGUACAAACUAAGGAUGAUGUAUAUGAAGCUUUCAUGAAAGAAAUGGAAGGGCUACUGUGA